UGAAGAUACCUAAUAUACCUACGAUUUGAAUAAAAUCACAAAUUUUCUUAGUCUGUGACCAAAAAAAUUUAGCGCCGCGAUUUCAGGAAGAUGUUUACAUCGUGAAUUACGUUACAGGUUGAAGUUAUGCCAUACUUAUUUGAUUUUUGUUAUAGAUUCGACAUAAUUCUUUAAUAAAGCUGCAAGAAUAAUUCAAAGAAUUUUGACGUGGGCGACAAAUUCAUAUCUUUGGUUUGUUUUGAACCAACUAAUUUAUAACUAUGAACGAUGAACAUAUUGUUUUAACACUACCUGACACUCAAAACGCGGAAUCAGUAUGUUUGACUCAAUCUCAAGAAUUAUCACAAGAUACAACCACAGCUAUUUGGGGAAGAUUGUGUCCUAUUAAGUUACCUUUUAAAACAGUGGAAUUGACCAAGAAUAUAUAUACACUUGGUCGAUCAGAGAGCUGUGAUAUUUGCAUAACUAAAAAUGAUUUAAAACCAAAAUGGGUCAGUGUAAUGAGUAAAGUACAUUUUAAAAUAACUAGAGAAUAUAUUGACGGUAACUGUAACGAUGCUGUAGUAUAUUUAGAAGACUUAAGCCAAAAUGGUACUUUCGUUAACAAAAUAAGAGUAGGCCGUGGAAAUAAAAUUAUAUUAGAAAGUAAUGACAUUAUAUCGUUAGCACAACCUAUUGUUACUGUAUAUGUAUUUAUGAGUACUGGUGCGUUUGAAAGUAAUGACUUGCCCCCCGAGCUCAAAAGUAAAUACGCAGUAUCUCGUAAAUUAGGUUCUGGAGCAUGUGGAGAGGUAAAAUUGGUAUUCUCUAAAGUAGGUUGUAAAAAGUUUGCAAUGAAAACUAUUAUGAAAAUGGGUGGUACAAAUGAACAAAAGAAUUCACUGAAUGAUCCAGAGAAAAUUAUGAACGAAGUAAAGAUAUUGAAAGCUCUGAAACAUCCUUGCAUAAUUCGAAUGGAAGAGAUUGUAGAUAAUCCAAGAGCAGUGUACAUAGUUUUAGAACUAAUGGAAGGCGGUGAAUUGUUUGAAAGAAUAAAGAGCAAGGGGAGACUUUCAGAGAAAUUUGCAAAAAUAAUCUUUUAUCAAGUUGUACUUGCUGUUAGUUAUCUUCAUGACUCUGGUAUAACACAUAGAGAUCUAAAACCAGAAAAUAUAUUGUUAGCUAGCAACUCAGAUAUUACAUUAGCUAAAGUAUCAGAUUUUGGUUUAUCGAAAUUAGUUGAUGCACAAACUAUGAUGAAAACUUUUUGUGGUACUCCUAUGUAUGUUGCACCAGAAAUACUAUCUAGUAUUGGACGUGGUUCUUACACGAAUCAAGUAGAUGUAUGGAGUUUAGGAGUAAUAUUAUAUGCUUGUUUAAGCGGUUCAGUUCCAUUUAAUUGUGCAGAUAAAAGAAUCUCCUUACAAGAACAAAUAAAGAGAGGAUAUUAUACUUUUCCUUCUUCAAAAUUUGGUCAUGUUUCAGAUAAAGCUUUAGAUCUGAUCAAACGUAUGAUGACAGUCAACCCAAAAAAGAGAAUUACUAUAAAGCAAGUUUUGUUGCAUCAGUGGUUGCAAGAUCGUGAACUCAGAGAUGCUGUUGACAUAUUAUUAUCAAAAGAAAAUGAUGAAAACAUGGCUCCUUCAGGUGUUUCUGACAUUUACCAAUGCAAAAGUGAGCAAUAUCAUGGAUUAGUAAAACGAGCACGAUUGGAAAUAUAAGUACAAACACAUAGGAUUAAAUGAUAUAUGAUAAAGAUAAUUGCCUUUUAAGAGCAAAUUAUUUUUGGACAGAAACUUGUGCAGGUUAAAAUUGCGAAAUUAAAGCGAUCAAAAGAUUCUAAUCUAUUUGUUAUACGUCAGUAUUUACGAUGUAAUUCGAAUAAUUUUAGACUGUAAGAUAUAAGUAAUUUAAAAGCGUGUUACAAGAGAUUACUAAUUCAAUAUGUUGGUAAUAGUAAGCUUUAAAAUAAGUACAAAUACGAUUAACCUACCAGUACAAUUAUUUUACAAUAGUUGCAAAGUUAUUUAAUAAUGACACUAUAAUAAUUGAAACAAAUACCAAAAUGUUAUUUAAAUAAUAAUUAUUAGAUAUUUUUGUACUUCAAAUUCUUCUAUGCUUGUAACCAUUAAAAUUUAGUUAACUAUAUAUUAUUUCUACUUAAUUGAUAAAAGUCUACCGUGGAAAAAUUUGAAACAAAUAAAACUUUGUGUACAAAAAACCGAUUUAUAUACAACUACAAAUUGUUUCAAGAAUAAUAUUAUGUUGAGCAUA